AUGUCCGUUUCGAAGAUUUGGCAGAUUUCUUACCAGAACUUCAAGAAGCUCAUCAACCCUUCGUUCGCAGGUGUUGAAGAAAAGGAAGACAUGGAUGCGAUCAUGGCCAGAACUCAUUUGAUCGUCAUUACCGACAACGGCAUCUACCACCGUUUAGCACCAACCUCGAAAGAUCCAGUGCCUUUCAUUCGGUGGGAAGAUGGUAUGCCCAAGGAUCUUCUUGACCCCUCGCAACAAGCUAUCUUCAAAGCGUACAAAAUGGACCCGCACUCUAAGAUCUACCUGCUCUCUUACCACGAGGACAUGGCCUGGUCGCAAGAGUUCUUGCGGAAAGUGCUUAACGGCGAAACGGUUCCACGCACGAUGACCGUCAUCCAUGCAAGCGGUUUUGGUAUGCAUAGGCAAGCUGUACCCGUUCAUCCCCGACUUCUGUCCGAAGAACGAGUUCGCGUGAAAGUCAAGCAG